AUGGAUUCGAGUUAUAUGCUAAGCAACAUAGGAGAAGAAGACAAUAAGGAACUGGAAGAAAGCAUGACUUGCGCUGCCACAGGGCAAACAUGCCAGAUAAAGUACUAUGCGCACCAAAAAAUAGGAAGUGGCACCUUUGGCAUGGUCUAUAGAAUACUAGUCAAUGAGUCUGUCAGCUAUGCUCUCAAGAGAGUCUUUGAGAAGAGAGAAUACUUAAACAGAGAGCUAGAUAUUCUGUGCUCUCUUUCCCACCCAAACAUAAUCCGCCUUUUUUGGUACUUUUAUGGAGAGAGAAACGAGAAAGGAGUUGUUUUAAACCUAGUCACGGACUACAUAAAGAGCGAUGCUUUUUUGUGUAUCAAAGACCGUCGUUUUUUUAGCAGAGACGAGUUUAUCAUGUAUGCUAUCAUGCUGAUGGAGGGGCUGUCAUAUAUGCAUGGCCUUGGCAUAGCACACCGGGAUAUUAAACCAUCUAAUAUAUUGAUAGACACUGACGCGCAGAUAUUAAAAAUAUGCGACCUAGGAAGCGCCAAGAAGAUAGUUGGAUCCGCCAGUAACAUUCUCUAUAUAUGCUCGCGAUACUACAGAGCACCUGAGAUCCACAUGGGGCUUUCGUACGAUCUGAGCAUAGAUGUGUGGGGCGCAGGGUGUGUUUUGUUUGAACUGCUAACACACCAUGCGCUGUUUCCAGGCAGAAACUCAGAAGAGUGCUUAGAAGUGAUCAAAUAUUUUAUUCUGCAAAAUGGCCUUGCGAAUGUUAUUAAAAAUACAGAAAGAAAUGAUCUUGAUGAUUGCUUCUCGAUACUUAGAAAAAUGCUUGCAUACGAGCCCUCUAAAAGGAUAACUGCGCUUGAGGCGCUAAUCUUAUUCAAAGGUCUGCAGAACAAGCCCUCUUAG